AUGACAAUGGCUAAACGGACACUGGAAUCCUUCUACAAACCCAUCAGUAAACCGAAGAAACCGCGUAUUGAGGACACUCCUCCAUCGUCCUACUCCCGUCAUCCCAGCUAUCCCUUCCCCAUCGCGGAUCUACCCCCGUCCAUCGCCAACGCGCUCCCAGAUCUCCCAGCCACCACACCACGCCGCAUCACCAACCAGCCGCACCUGGACCUGCUCUACUACCAACCGUUCAUUCCUCCAACUACCGCCCGGGAGCUCUUCCACUUUCUCCGCCGCGAACUCCCCUUCUACCGCGUCCAGUACACCAUCCGCCGCGGCUCGACCACGACCCAGAUCACCACCCCGCGCUUCACCACCGUCUUUGGCGUCGACGACACCUCCAUCUUCACCCCUUCACCAAAUACCUCUAAUUCCACUCUAGUCGACAGUAAAACCCACACCCCCAUCCCAAGCACCAAAUACAAAUCCACUCCCCGCCCAAUCCCGCCCUGCCUCGACGCCCUGCGCCACCGCGUCGAGGCCGCUACCGACGGCACGGCCUACAACUUCUGCCUGGUAAACUACUACGCAUCAGGGGACGACAGUAUCGCCUACCACUCGGACGACGAGCGGUUCCUCGGCCCGAAUCCGUGCAUUGCCUCGUUGUCGCUUGGCGCAAAGCGGGAUUUCCUUAUGAAGCAUAAGCUGACUGAAGGUGUUGAGGCAGCGCCGGUCAAGAUGUCUCUGGCGGAGGGGGAUAUGGUGGUCAUGCGGGGUGAGACGCAGGCGAAUUGGUUGCAUUCUGUUCCGAAGCGGAGGGGCGGGGAGGCGUGGCAAGGGAGGAUUAAUAUUACGUUUCGGAGGGGGGUGGUGCCUGCUGGGACGGAGAAUUAUUAUAGGUAUAAUGUGGGGGAGGGGAGGGUCUACAGGUGGAGUGAGGAGGAGGAGAGGAUGGUAGAGAGCUGUUGA